AUGACAGACGCGUCCGAGACAGAAGGUCCUACAGACCGCCGACUACUAGAUCCGAGCGAGCUGGGCACGAAGGAGUACUGGGACUCAGCCUACACCCGUGAGCUACAUAACCAUGAAGAAGAUGCAGACGACGAAGGCACCAUCUGGUUCAGCGAGAGCAACGCCGAGGACGCAAUUCUGGAUCAACUAAGUCGCUUCGAGGAAGAAGGACUGCUCAUCAGGACUGCCAGUACCGAGACGAACAAGUCGAAUGCCCAGUCAGCAGCCUCCCGGUUCCUCGACCUAGGUACAGGCAACGGCCACCUCCUCUUCACUCUACGUGAAGAAGACGACGACGACGGCAAUUCCUGGCGAGGCGAAAUGGUCGGGAUCGACUACAGCUCCACCAGCAUCGAACUCGCACGGCGUAUAGCAGAGCAAAAACAGCUUCCCGACAUUACCUUCGAGCGCUGGGACCUAUUGGAAGACGAAGCAGGAGACUGGCUGCAAACCGGCUUCCAUGUCGUGCUGGACAAAGGCACAUUUGACGCCAUCUCACUCAUGCCUCAUGCUGGUGGCGUGCGACAUCCCUGUGAUAAAUACAGAGAGAAAGUGACGCAGCUCAUUAAGCCUGGAUGCUUCUUGUUCAUCACGUCGUGCAACUGGACGAAGCAGGAAUUACUGUCCUGGCUUGCACCCGAAGGUGGCGAACUCGGAUAUCUUGCCGAAGCGAAAUACCCGACCUUCACUUUUGGCGGACAGACGGGGCAGACGAUUGUCACGUUGGUACUGCGACGGGAACAGCGGAUAACGAGUUGA